GUCUCCAGGAUCAAUUCACCCUGCUGGUCAUUGCUGCUAGAUAUUAAAACAUACGUUCCCGAUAUCCCCUCAUCUUCCCAGAUUUUCAGUGAUGUCGUCCUAUACCCCACAGACAGAUUUGCCGCUUGAACGAUCUCGUCUUAUCGGAAUGAUUCUGGGAGGCGUGUCCUAUGGCGUACACCUUCUCCUUACUGUACAAGCAGUGACUGCUCUCAUGCAACGUCCCCAACAUGGGCAGAAAAUCGCAAACAAUCGUCGCAUGCUUCUUUGUCACACCCUCCUCACGUUCGCGCUUUCGACGAUAAGCUUUGCUUGCAGUGCCAAAUAUACGGAGAUGAUCUGGAUAGACCUUGGCAAUGCACCUGGUGGUCCUGCUGCGCUGAUUGAGAACGCAACGCACUACCGUAUCAACUUUGUGGCGAUACUCUGUGCUUAUGUCAUGGAGUGGUUCAUGCAAGCGCUGCUCCUCUACCGAUGUGUUGUGAUAUGGGAUUGGGCGAGAUACGUGAUGAUCCCCAUGUUCGCCGGCUAUAUUGGCAUGAGUGCAGUGGCCAUCAUCGUCUUGAUCCAGGCGAGUACCGGGACUUCAUUUUACACUAUCAACAUCACACUUGCACACCUCGCCUUCCUAGUGGGGAACACCGUGCUUUAUACCAUUCUCGUGGCGACACGUUUGCUCUCCAUGCGCAGCCAGAUGAAGACGGCGUUGGCUGAAUAUGAUUCUAGCACCUAUGAUACGAUCAUCCUCAUGGUCAUCGAGUCCGCCAUGGCAUACAGUGUCUUCGUCCUCAUCUAUAUAGUUGCAUUCUCAAUGCAUUCAGACUCUCUCUCCACGGUAUGCUUCCUGUCUAUUAACCACGUUGAAGGCAUUACGCAGUUGUUCAUCAUCAUAUGCGUGGCACGAGGGAGGGCAGUCACACAUGAUUGGUCCACGCGAAAUGCUCCAGCAGCACCUACGACUCUAGCAUUUGCGGGGAUUGCAUUGAUCUCAGCAGAAGGAACCGACAUGGCGCAAGCAGCUAGGCCAAAUCAGGACAGUGUCAAUUCGCAUUCUGUUUCGGCGAAGUCGGCAGAAGCAAAUGCAUAGCGUGCCAUACUUAUUCCCUAAGUUUAUAUAAUUAUCUUCGUCUGCAUUACAAUCUCAUAGUCAUUCUCUAAGUUCAAGUUCAUUACUAAUUUACUGUGACAUACAGUAUGUAA